GCCGGUGCUGGAGGAGGAACCUGGUCGUUGCAGAAGGGGGACACAGACAGGAGCAGGCGUUUGUCGUAAGCACCAAAAUUCUCUCUGCAGAAACCACACAGUUCGUCACCUCUAGACAAUCAUGGCCACGAUUGUGAUGGAGAGAAUUGGACGGCUGUUCAUCAACCUGCAGCAGGUCAGGCAAGUUCCCCGGAUGCUGACUGAGGCAGCGCCCUCCAUGCCUGGCACCUUGAGAGACAGCGAGGUCCCCUACUACUUCAGAGAGCGCUACAUCCACUCUGGCUACCGACCGCUCCACCAAAACUGGCGCUACUACUUCCUGUCCCUGUUCCAGCGCCACAACGAGACCAUCAACAUCUGGACUCACUUGCUGGGGUUCCUAGUGAUCCUGGUUAAAUUCUUCCAGCUUGCUGAGACUGUGCACUUUGUCAGGGAUCCUCACUCAUGGCCCCUGCUCAUCCUUCUCCUGUCCUCCAUGAUCUACCUGACAUUCAGCACAAUAGCCCACCUACUGGGUAACAAGUCUGAGCUCUGUCACUAUGUCUUCUACUACCUCGACUAUGUUGGGGUAGCACAGUACCAGUAUGGCAGUGCUGUAGUUCACUUUUAUUAUGCUGUGGAGGAGAACUGGCACUGGUAUGUGCAGGGAAUCUUCAUGCCCAUUGCCUCUGUGUUUUGCUGUCUGUCAUGCCUGGGCUGCUGCUAUGGGAAAUACUGCAACCACUGCCUGCCAGCCUGGGUACGGAAGGUGGGCCAGGUGGUGCCCUCAGCCAUCGCCUAUGUAUGGGACACCAGCCCCGUGUUCCAGAGACUGCUCUCCUGGUCUACAGCCAGCAAUGACCCAGCCCUUACUUUCCACUUUGGCCAGGUUGCCUUCUUCCUCUCCAGUGCCUUCUUCUUCACCCAUCCCCUUCCAGAGCGCUGGUUCCCUGGACACUGUGAUUUUGUGGGUCAGGGCCAUCAGCUGUUCCAUGUUCUUCUGGUUCUCUGCACCCUGAGUCAGAUCCAGGCCUCCUACCUCGACUACUUGGGCCGCAGGAUGUUGUACUCGAGUCUGCACAGGAGUGACGAGGCUGCUCUCUUUUUGGGAAUGUAUUUCGUCACUAUGGUCAUAUGUGCAUUCAUUGCAACCUUCAUGGUCAGCAAAGUUAAGCAACUACUUGCCUCCAAAUCUAAAUAAUGGAUAAGAUAUUGGAACAGUUUGGUGCCAAAGUAUUUGUGGCCUUGAUCUGCAAGCACCGCCUUGCUUGCCAGUACAUCUUGUUGACAGAUGACCAUUGCAUUCAUUCUCUGUAAAAACUGUACCUUUGGCGGUGAGGGACUCACUUACUUUUUAUGUUGUCUUAUAUUAUGUAGGCACUGAAAUUUUAAUAGUUACUUAAAGUGUAUUUUUUCUGUAGCAGUGAAUAUCAGAUAACAAGAGAGAUGAACAAUAAUAGGAAAUGUUCAUAUUUUGAUAAUUCCAAUUGGAAUUUAGUGGGAUUAGUAAAUCUUGCCAUGUACCAGAAGCUGUUGCUUUUACCAGAAAAAUGAAAUCAUCAUAAACUGAGCUGUCUGUUUUAAGACCUUUUAUUACAAUAGUGCUGCUUUUACCCAUGAAGACAGAUGCCAUGCUAUUGGAUUUGCUAAUUAGUAUGGAUUAGUAAUAUGGGUAGGAUUAUUCCCAUGCAUCAUACAAUACCAUAUGGAAUAACAUCUGAGAUCUAAUUUGCAAAUGUUUCUAAGGAAUUAUCAGCGAGGCACUAAGUGUCUAGUAUAUUUUGAAAAUAUAUGAGGCUAGUUUUGCACUUACUGUAUGUUGAGUUUGGAGAUUCUGCAUUUAAACAUUUUAAAGGGUCUAAAAUGAUGCACCUAGAAAACCUGCCUGCAGUCCAGCUGAAACUGUUAUUCAGACUGAUGUUUUGUAGCCAAACUGAGGGCAUGAUUUAAAAAAAACAGGAGAUCGUUGAGAUUGUCCAAGCCCAACUGCCAACAUUGCCCCUAAGAGAGGCAUAAUCCAUCUAUUCAUAGCACUACAAGCACUGUAACGCAACAUUCAAGUCUGUCCUCCGACAGGGAAUACCACUGUUGCCUUGAUAGCUUGCUUGUUAUGUUUUCCAUUGUUUAGAUAUUUGGCAUCAAGUUAGCACCAUGAAGGCCUUAUGCUGGAAAUAUAUGGGAAAAUGUACUUUUUACCCCAAUUGCAAAAGUUGCAAUGUUUGUUUUAAGUGCCUUGGUCAAUUUAGUUAUGCCUCUUGGAUAAUGAUGGCACAGUGAGCAACAUCCCAGAGACACAUCAGCCUUACUGGCUGCAACGACAUGUUCAUGAAAUGUUCUGGUUUUUCAUAGGUUUGACAUCUUUUAAGACACAUUUUUACAAAACCAUCAUUGUCUGUUUCAAAUUUAUCCUCACAUUGCACUUGUUCUUUAGCAUAAGUAACCUCUGACAGUAAGUUUAUAUUACUGUAAUAGUGCUUUGAAACUGUAUCUAACAAAGCUGGUUAUUUCUAUGAGGGAUUUGCCAAUAAUGGAUUGUAAAAACCAAGUCAUGAAUAUUUGCUACUCUACACAUGUAUGUCAAUCUCUGCCAGGCGGCAGCCUUCAGGGCAUCAUGCGUUUAGCUGUGUGUAUCUGUUUGUGUGUGUAUCUGUCUGCAGCUAAGCUCACAUACUACUUGGCCUCUCAGCCUGAUAUAUCUUUGUAUACAGUUAUAACUGUAUGAUCAAGGCUCUCAUGGCUCAGGUGAUUCAAAACCUUUGAAACACCAGUUUUAUACUGCAGUGGAGUACUAACCAACUCCUCUCUCCUCUUAUCUGGCCAGUAGGGGCUGCAAGUGAUCAACAACUACUUCAGGUUGGAAUCUUUUUUGUUUUUCUUUUGUACAUAUUGCUGCUGUUGUGUGAAAACCUUGUUCUCCAAUUUUGUUGAUUUUCAUGUUUUAACUCAUUUGAGUUUUUACAUGAUCUUGUAUGUGUUUAGAAAGAUCUUCAACGCUUGUGGUUAUGAAACCUUUACAGAAAUGAAUAUAUAAACUGAAAAAUGUACAGUCACCAACCAAGCCACAAGAAUGUUUUCUUUUACAUUCUUUAAGUUGAUAUGGAGAUAAAAUGUUUUGGUCGACAGCAGCGGUAUAGACAUCGUGUCAGAUGAUUUGCCUGUCUACUCUGGUUACACCUUGAUAACUUUGCGUAUUGUUUACCCUUUAUUCCACAACUCUUGCACACACACUGGACACACAGCUGCCCUGCCCUUCCUUUUUGCCACCCACAUGCCCCUCAGACACGCCUGGCAGAGACCUGCACUCUACUGAGUACACUCAGUUCAAGAUUGUUCUGAAUGAAGCACGUUAGGUAGUCAGGAGUCACUGUAUUAUUUAGUGAGUGGGAGUUUUGCACAAGUGAGAUGGGGAAGACAGGUUAUAAUAAUAAAUAUUUGGGAUAUGACAGUGCCUAGUACUGAACAAAGCCUUAAGAGAGUGGGAAUUGAGCAGAUAAGAGUUACAAACAUGUUUUCAAAGCAGAGACUGAAACUCUGGUUGAGUUAAACCUCAGUGGUGGAACAACAACCUGAAUGGCAAAGAAGGAUUUAUAUUAAAAUACAAAAAAAAAAGUCUAGACUAACUUGCUAACAUAGAUAAGUUAUCGCUAGAAUGCAUUUUUGAAGAUCCUCUCUGAACACUUUUCACUGGGGCUGAGUCGAUAUUACUUAGCCAGAAAACUGUGUCUUUUCGCCAGCUGAGGUUUAACUAAGCCUGCAAGGUUAUUUCUGCCUCCAGAACUGCAUCGCCUCCAAGAAAUGUUUAACUGAAGAAACUGACCGCAGUUCAUUAUGCUUUUUUGUUUGUUUUAUUUUGUUUGUCAUGUAAUUUAACUGUUUUCUGUAUAUAUUUUUUUUUUAUCUUUACUCUCUCUCUGUUAACAUUUUAAACUUUUAUGUAAGCUUUUCUGUAACCUUGUAACCACCAAAUGCACCAGCUGAUGACACUAGAUGGUUAAUUUGAUGGGUAUGCUUUUGCUAUUCACCAGAAUGUUUUUUUUUUUUUUUUCCUGAAGUCCAAAAACUAAGUAAUUGGAAGACAUCAAAGCAUGAAAAAAGGUUUAAAAAUAUUUUAUUUGCUACUUAAUUUACCACCAUUAGAUUUUGUCCUCAAAAUAUUGCAAAUAUUACAGAUAUAUUAUUAAUAUACUGAACAAUAUUGAGGAAAAUCCUGCACAUAAUAGUUUAAAAGAAACAAUGUGUUGCAACUGUUUGUUUUUAAUUUGUAGAGGAAUGUUUGUGUAAACAUUGUAUUUUUUAUGGAAGAAUGACAGCAAAACACUCUGCUUACUUAACCAAGUUUAUUGCUGGCAGCCCUGGGUUUUGUUUCUUCAUCCUCCUUCCUCUUCUUUGUCUGUUUUUCACAAUGCUCUGACGCAAAACUAGACUAGAGACAAAACUGUGAUUGGCUCUUGCUUGGAGGUCUCCAUGGUGAUCUCUAAUUAAACAUUGUUCCUGACAGUGGGAUUUAAUAAAGGUGUGAGGAGAAAA